AUGUGGCGUACCAUACACACGGUGCAGCAGAGUGCCGUGCGUUCGUCGCUUCUACUUAGGCGAUGGGCAUCAAGCAACACAGCAGCGGCACAGAACACAACAGCGCACGCACGUAUAUCGCACCACAGUGAUGUUGGGGUGAAAGUAGGAGAGACUGUGAACGGAUUCACAAUCAAAGGUAUAGAGAGCAUACCUGAACUUAGUUUAACUGCUGUCCAGCAUGUGCAUGAUAAGACCGGUGCUGUGGGUCUACACAUUGCCAGAGCGGAUGACAACAAUGUGUUCAGCAUAGGUUUCCGCACACCACCCGAAGACAGCAGCGGUGUCACACACGUGUUAGAACACGUGUCCCUGUGCGGUUCGGAGAAGUAUCCAUGCCGAGACCCGUUCUUCAAGAUGUUGUCGCGGUCCAUGGCUACCUACAUGAAUGCCUGGACGGCCAGUGACUAUACCAUGUAUCCCUUCUCCACGCAGAACGCCAACGACUACAACAACCUGCUGGACGUGUACUUGGAUGCGGUGCUGCACCCCAGCAUUCGUGAGCUCGACUUUUUACAAGAGGGAUGGCGCUUGGAGAACGAGAAUCCUAACGACAAAUCAACAGACCUGCAGUUCAAGGGUGUAGUGUUCAACGAGAUGAAGGGUGCCCUGAGUGAUCCCGACCGCCUCUUUUGCACCCGGUUCCAGCAGGCUUUGUUCCCAGGCAGCACCUACGGCAACGUAUCCGGAGGCGACCCCCCCUCCAUCCUCUCCAAACUGGAUGUUAACGUCCUGCGCGAGUUCCACCGCACACACUACCAUCCCUCUAACGCACGCGUGUACACCUAUGGCGAUCUGCCGCUGACUCGCCACUUCGAGAGCAUCGGGCCGCUGUUUGAUUCGUUUGAUAAGCUUGUGGCGGAUACAGAAGUCGGUCCCGUUCCCCGAUGGACGGAGCCUUGUGAAGUGAUCGCUCACUGUCCACCCGACACUAUGGCCGCACACGCCGACCGACAGACCAAGGCUAGCAUCGGCUGGUUGCUGCAGAAAGAGGAUGCGUACGAGGGUUUCUGCCAACGCAUCCUAACAUCGCUGCUGGUCGAUGGGUCAAGUUCGCCCAUGUACAUCGCAUUGAUCGAGUCUCAGCUGGGUUCCGAUUAUACGCCCAACACAGGCCUGGACACCAGUACGCGCGAGCCCUCCUUCAGCGUCGGGCUUCAAGGCAUUAAGGAGAGCGACAUCCCAAUGGUGAAGGAUAUGAUUGAGAAGACCAUCCAGAAAACCAUGGAAGACGGAUUUGAGGCCGAACGUGUUGAGGCUGUAUUGCAUCAGAUUGAGUUGUCACAACGGGACCAGACCACAUCGUUUGGUUUGGGCCUCGCAGCGGCGCUGAUGGGGCCGUGGGUCAACGAUUGCGAUCCCGUCGAGCUCUUGCAGAUCCAAGCUCAUGUUGAGAGAUUCCGCACCGACAUGGCUGAUCCAUACUUUGUCAAGAAUUUCUUCGAGCGCCAUCUGAUAUCCAACCAGCACAGGCUGACCUUUAUUAUGACACCGGACGAGAAGUUCACGAACAAUCUGGCACAGCAGGAAGCCGACUAUCUCAAGGAAGUCGUGUCCACUUUAUCAGACGAAUCUCGUGACCGCGUGUACGAGCAAGGCCUGCAGCUGCUGAAAGAACAGGAGACGACACCCGAUCUCAGCUGCCUGCCGACUUUGCGAGUGGAAGAUAUCGAGCGCAAGAUCCACCAGGUGGCGCGCGAGAAACGCUCGCUGUCGACGUCCAAGGGCGCGUCGGUAGACACACAAUUCUGUGAGCAACCCACGAAUCAGAUGACCUACAUGCGCACCAUCUUCAACACUCAGAACGUCCCAGCGCAUCUCAAGCCUUACAUCCCCUUGUUCUGUAGUGUCCUCCCGUCCCUGGGUGCUGGUAGCAGAGACUACCGCGAGUUGGGUCAAAAAACGAAACUAUGGACUGGCGGUAUCCGUCUGAGUCCUUUGCUGGUGCAGGAUCGAAACGAUACAUCGAAGCACUCGGAGGGUAUUAUGUUACUGGCAAGGUGCCUGGAUCGGAACUUAGAACACACUACCUCGUUGUGCUCAGAUAUUCUAAACGAAUCCCACUUUGAUGGCACAGAACAACGGCUGUACACGCUGGUGAAGAUGGCGUAUAGUGAUAUGGCCAACAGUGUAUCUGAUGCGGGUCAUCAUUUCGCCAUCACCCGUGCCGCUGCGUCGCUCACUCAGUACGAUGCCAUGACCGAGGUCUACGGCGGGUUGACUCAGAUCGACUUCAUGCGCAAACUAGCCGAACAACAGGACCAGCAAGAAAUCCUCAGCAAACUGCGCGAACUUGCCUCACAUGUGUUCAUGACGUCCAAUGCGAGGUGCGCUAUUAACGCAGACAGCAUCGGAAUGCGAGCGGCCGAGACACAACUGGAACGGCUACUCAACACACUCCCCAGUGACCGGCCUACGCAAUCGGGGUCAAAUGAAUCUAGUGGGGAGUAUAGCCUGCCCUCGUUCAAUCAAGAGAAGCUGUACGUGCCUCUGCCAGUCAAUGUGAAUUUUGUGGCGAAGAGUGUCGCGUCAAUACCUAGCAAUCACGAGGAUAGCGCUACACUCCAGGUGCUUACGUCGUUGCUGAGUGCAAAGUUCCUGCAUCGCGAAGUGAGAGAAAAGAACGGCGCGUACGGAGGCGGUCUGAGUGCGGGGUCCGGCAGUCUAUCGUACUACUCCUACCGUGACCCAGGAUUCGAAGCAACCCUGAAAGCCUACAACGAGGCACCGCAGUACCUACUGUCUGGAGACUACUCAGAAUCCGAUGUGGAGGAAGCCAAACUAACGGUUUUCCAACGUAUGGACAAACCGGUGUCUCCGGGAUCUAAGGGCAUGUCUGGGUUCGUUUAUGGAGUGUCCAACGAAGCCAGACAACGGCACAGAGACAGGCUGUUUGCGGUGGAUCGAGAAGCGCUCGUACAGGCGACGAACAAAUAUUUGGUCAACCGACAGGAUGAGAAAACGGUCAUCAUCGGUCCAGGUGAAGACGCACAAACAUUCGAAAAGAUGGACGGCUGGUCUAUCAAAGCAUAAUUUUGAUACCCUCAGUAAUUAGGCCAUAGGUGUCAGUAUGUAGUCAAUAAAAUAGAUAGUAACCUGAAACGACCGGUGGUAGACAACAUACUCAAGCAGAGAGCUGACAAGAGUCAGGCACUUUGUACUAGACCCUCGUUCUACUUGCAGUUAAUCUGACCUCGUUUUUGAUGUCAUCAGAAUCGAGAAAAAAAUCUCGAAAUAAACGUUACGUGGACAUGAGAGAAUCGUAUGCAUCGAGCUCUGUGCCAUUCAAACAUGCUCAUAAGUAGCAGUCCU